AUGAAUCCCGGUGACGAUUUCGGAAAACGAGAACUCUCACCUGCGCUGCGAAAUCGGUUUACCGAGAUCUGGGUCCCUCUAGUCUCGGAUCCUAAGGACAGCUUCAGUCCUGCUGAAUGGGCGGCGCACAUUAUCUCAUUUUCCGAGUAUUAUUCAAAGUUGCCCAUCUCAGCCCAAUUUUCGGCUUGCGAGUUGAGCUUACAAGACUGUCUUGCGUGGUGCGGCUUCAUCAGCUCCUGUUUGACAUCAUCAUUGGCUCUGUCGUUCGUUCACGGUGCCCAAAUGACGGUUCUCGAUCGCCUCGGGACCGCUGGCUUUGGACAAGACCUCCCCGCCAGUCACAUUCUCAAACUUAGACGGUCUUGUCUCAGUUAUUUGCAUGAUCUGGCCAACGUUUCUCUCGACAACAGUGAAGGCUUAUCUGGAGUUACCCAUGUUGAUGAAGGUUUGAAAAUAGGUGAUUCCACAUUGCAAAGGUGUAAAACAAUUGGCAAAGACUCGGCUCCAGCGAGUUAUUCUUUUUCCGCACAAACGGUGGGCCAUAAUGCCCUGUGA